GACAGUCGAUUUAGAAGCUUUGGGGUGAUACGAAGAGAUGGAGAAUUAUGUAUUAGUUAUGGUGGACUGCAACCUGAUAUUUAUUUGAUUUGCUUUCUUGGUUCAGUUCACAUUGUAUUUACAUAGCUUUUUCAUAAUCGUGCCUGUAAAAAAUAGAAAUGGGGGCGGGAAGAAAAACGUAUACUUAUACUUUAGAUGAUUCAAAGAAUAAGGGAGGGCACCAGUAUGCAUGGGAAGUAGGAGCACUUUUCAAAGGAUUGGAUAAGACUGAUCUUGCUGGUGUCAUAUUUGGCUGCACUCACAAGACUUUCAAAGAAUGUGUUAGUCAGCUCAUAUUCGGUUUGCCAGCUCCACAUCUUGCCUAUGUACAGAACAUUGAACCUGGCUUGCCGUUGUUCCUCUUUAAUUACAGUGAGAGAAAAUUGCAUGGUACCUUUGAGUCAGCAAGUCGUGGACAAAUGAACCUCAAUCCAUAUGCAUGGACAGCAGGUGGAGCUGAAAAAACGCAAUUUCCAGCACAGGUUCGAGUUUGUAUCAAGCAGAAUUGUGAGCCUCUUCCAGAGUCUGCCUUUAGAAAUGCUAUUAGUGAAAAUUAUUACUCUGAUAAGCAUUUUUGGUUUGAGUUGAACCAUGCUCAGACUGAUGCAUUGAUGUCACUUUUUCAUCCUAGAUUGAACAAAAGAAGUGAAAUGGAUUUUCCAAAAUCUUCAGAGAAUGGGGUGUGGUCAUCUCAAAGAUCUCAGAGUUCUUCAGAUGGGUGUCAGAUUGCCCCUGUUAGAACAUCAGUGGAUUAUGCAGAUAUUGGUUCAGAGGGAAUCGAUUUAGAGGAAUGGCCAGUGGUGUCUCAAAAAGGGAAGGAAAUUCCAUAUAGAAAAGGAAAUUCGUGGGAAGAAACUGGUGAAUCCUCUAGAAAGAAUAAGGAAAACAGCAAAAGCCGAGCUUCUAGUCAUUCGUCGUUUGGCCAAAGCUCAGAAGAUACAUUUACAAUAAAUUCAGAUGAUGAAAAGACAGCUGCUCGUGAGCUAACAAAAGGUAAAACUUCACCCAUAUUACAUGGCAAUGGACCUGAAUCAACUGGACAAGUAUCAAUAUUGAAUUAUCCCAUUACAAACAUGUCAAAUGAAGACCGUGUGCUUGAAAAGCUCAAGCAAUUGGCUAUACAUCGUCAGAACAGUUCAAAACAUCCAAUACCAGACCUUUCUACAAAGGGCCUAAAUGACAACAUGAAUUCUCAUUUUGGGAAUGAUGAAGAAAAAUCAAUGGAUGAUAAACUUCGUUCAGACCAGGCAUCACUUAAAGCAGAAAGAGAGAUUUUUGUAUGUGGCUUGAGGUCUGUAGAUACAAUCUUGGCUGAUAACUUGCAAAAUUAUCUAGAGCAGCAAGACUUAUCUAUAGUUCAGAUGCGGCAAGAAAUAACUGAGUUAAGAAGCUGCGGGAAGAAAACUCAUGCUGCUUUAGGUCAGAUGCAACAAGAAAUAACUGAGUUAAGAAGCUGUGGGAAGAACACAUAUGAUGAUUCACAGCAUGCAGAAAAGUUUCAAGUUUUGGAGCAGAGACAGACAAGUAUGGAGACAGAAAUUCAGACUCUGAAGGAGCAAGUUAAGCGACUUGAACAGUUAUUGGAAGGAAGGGAAGUAAACAUUGCCUUGGAUGAAUUAGCAGACAUAUCUAAUCAUGAAGAGCCAAAAUUGCCUUCUAUCUUUCUCCUGGGAGGAUAUAAUGGAGACCAAGAUUUGUGGUUGAAUACACUUGAUGGAUAUUCACCGCGAACAGACACAAUCAAAUCGCUUGCACCAAUGCCUAGUGUUCGCUCAUAUGCUGCAGCAACUAUUCUGGACAACAGCAUUUAUGUAUUUGGUGGUGGCAAUGGAAGUCUGUGGUAUAAUAGUGUUGAACGUUAUGAUCAGGAGAGUGAUUCAUGGACUACAUGUCCAUCAAUGAAUCUGUGUAGAGGAAGCUUGGCAGGAGCUUCUCUAGAUGGAAAAUUAUUUGCAUUGGGUGGAGGAAAUGGGGCAGAAUAUUUUUCUGAUGUGGAGAUGUUUGAUCGCUUUCUUGGCAGUUGGAUAUCCUACGGAACCAUGCUUCAAAAACGAUUUGCUUUAGCAGGAACAGUUUUGGGUGGAGCUUUGUACGCUCUUGGUGGCUUUGAUGGCCGACAAUACUUGAAGUCGGUUGAAAGAUUUGAUCCUCGUGAGGGUCACUGGGUUCAACUUGAAGAAAUGAAUUGGAAGCGAGGAAGCUUGUCUGCAGCAGUAUUAAAUGAAAAACUUUAUGCUAUUGGUGGUUUUGAUGGCUCAAAACUUUUAUCUAGUGUGGAGGUGUUUGAUCCUCGUGCAGGUUCCUGGCUCGUGGUUGAUAAUAUUGCCUCUCCCCGGGGAUACGGCGCUACAGCAGUUCUUGAAGAUUCCAUCUACUUAAUUGGGGGCAUUGCAGAGGGAGGAUAUCAUCAGUCUGUUGAAUGUUAUAAUGAUGGCAGUGGUUGGGAAGUUCUCUAUUCAACAGCUGUUGGCAAGCGGUCCUUCUUAGCUGCCGUUGUUCUAUAAGGUUUUAUCUCAAUCCCAAUAGGAUGCAAUUUCAUUUUAUAGAUGCGUAAGUCAGGGGGAGCUUACAACAGCAAAUCAUGUAGGAAAUUUGAACCUUUUUUGUAUGUGCUAUGAGAUUUUAUGCCACAAUAAUCCAACUUACUCUCCCUUUCUGCAGACAACAUUUUCUUUCAUCAGAGAACAUCAGAUUUGAAGCUUUCAGCACAACUUAUGUUUGCAGAGCAGGAAAAUUUUGACCUUUUAGGUGUCAUUUAAGGGAAAUCGGAGAUAUGUAAAAAAGCCGAUCUCUGAUUCGGCAAAGGUAAUUUCACUCUCAAAUCCUAGUGGCUUAUUAUUACAAUUCCCAUUGGUUCCCCCUUCCAUGGGCAAGGACUAUGCUGUCAAAGUGGACUUUCUAUUCCUUUUGAAUAAGGAGAAGCAUUAUUAUAUAUGCAAGUUUUAUUAUUUUAUUUAAAAUAAUCUAUUGAAAUGUUUUCAGUUGCCUCA